GAAGUGCGCUUGUAAAUCUGUAGGAGUCGCUUCCUGUCUUGGGUGGUGGCUUCAAACUUUCUUACUCGACUUCAUUCUUGUGUGUGGGAAUGAGAGGAGGGAGAAAGCUAAAUUUACAAAAGCGUCGUAAUCUACAUCUGUAGUAAGUGUUGUGUGAACAGCGUCGUUUAUUUGACUGAUCUUGUGUAUUUUCGCGCGGAGGGAGAGUAAAUAUCGAGUUGAAGUCAUGCAGGCCAUCAAGUGUGUGGUCGUCGGGGACGGAGCUGUGGGUAAAACAUGCCUUCUGAUCAGCUAUACCACCAAUGCCUUUCCUGGAGAAUACAUCCCCACUGUAUUUGAUAAUUAUUCUGCAAAUGUGAUGGUGGAUGGGAAACCAGUGAAUCUGGGUCUCUGGGAUACAGCAGGACAGGAAGAUUAUGACAGGCUUCGUCCCCUGUCGUACCCUCAAACGGACGUGUUCCUCAUCUGCUUUUCCCUUGUGAGUCCUGCCUCUUUUGAGAAUGUCCGUGCAAAGUGGUAUCCAGAAGUGAGACACCACUGUCCAAACACUCCCAUCAUCCUGGUGGGAACCAAGCUUGAUCUGAGAGAUGAUAAGGACACCAUUGAGAAACUGAAGGAGAAGAAGCUGACUCCCAUCACCUAUCCUCAGGGACUGGCCAUGGCCAAAGAGAUCGGGGCUGUGAAGUAUCUGGAGUGCUCGGCGCUCACACAGCGCGGCCUGAAGACGGUGUUCGACGAGGCCAUCCGGGCCGUACUCUGCCCUCCUCCUGUCAAGAAGAGGGGGAGGAAAUGCUCCUUGCUCUAGAGCCAUCCGGAAAGAUAGCUGCGAUCCAAACUGUAUUUCUAAGGGGGAGAAGUUAGAAAUGAGACCAUGCUUUCAUUUCUUACUUCCUCCAUUGUAAUUACCAGUACAACUUUAUACCUUCACAAAACUUUUAUCAAUAGAUGUAGAGAAAUAUUUAUCCCUGACCCGUGUCCCUUAGACAAACACAUGCUAUUGGACGACCUGCGGCCUUUGACUAAUGGAUAUUAACUUUUAGACAGUUAAUGGUAUCCUGAAGUUGAGAACCCAUAAUGUUUGUUUACAGUCUUUUGUUUGAAAGAAAUGAAGAUCUUGCCAAAUAGCACUACAUUAGGAUGGGGCGGCACGGCAUACACCACGUUUGUUGCUUUUUACCCCUUAAAGGGCCGCACCCAUUUGGCAAACCAGAGCUAACUGUUGGCUACUGUGAAGCCAGGGAGAUUGGAAGAGUUAUCGGUGAAGUCCGCUUAUCUCACACUUGUUUCUCAAACAUGAGGAUCAGUUAAUGGAAGGACAAGGCAUCCAAACAGAUUUUUAUAUUUCUUCAUUAGGGGUUAUGUGCACACUAUCUGCCAUUUUGGGGGGGAUACUGUAAUUUAAGGCCACUUCUGAAUUUUAGAAAACAUGUUUUGCAUAAAGGAAAUGAAGCCUGUUUUUAGGACCAUUUUCGUCACAAUUAAAUCUCCCUAACUACAAUAUAAUUUUAAAACUAAUUUUACUUAUAGUUCAACAGAUAUUACUAGUGGUUCAUAAAUAAUUUAAAUAAUAUAUUUUUCUAUUAAAGUAAUAAGUGAGCAUUUUUAUACGUAGACUUUGAUUGGGGAAAAUGGGCUUAAUUGUAACUACAAUAUCACAAUGGAAAAAAUAUACAGUGAUCCUAAAAACAGGCUUCAUUUUAAUAACCCAAAGUAUAAUUUCCACAUUUUCUUUCUUUUGGGGUGAAACAUGGCCAGGGAAUUUCGCUGGCGGUCUGAAAUAUCUAAUGAAUCACACAGGACAUUUAGUGUCAAUCUAAAUAUAGCGUUAUAUGGACACCUUUAUGCUCUUUGGGCAUUUAUAAUUCACCCUCUACAGUCAUAUAUCUAUUUUUUGUUAAAUUUUUAGAAACUUUUUCUUUUUGACACUUUUUAUAUUUGCUAAUGUUACAUAAAGCAACAGACUACUGUCAGAUCAUACACUACAGGAAUUAGUUAAUGUGAAGUCCGUCUUCUCUUGAUGCGGUUUAUUCCCAUUAUAGUUGAUCAUAUUUUUACCACUUCUUACUGUACUAAUAACAUGUAACUGUCGAACUGUUUGUCUUCAGAACACUUGUCUUAUUGAUUUGAACAGCACAUUGUGGUAUUUGAACAGUUCUGCACACCUACUUGAACGGUCCUGUGGCACAAGUACAGAGAGUGCGUUAUUUGCGAUCACCCUAUCGAGCGAUUUCUAUCUGCACAGUUAUAGCCAGAUUGUAACCCUGUUUUUAGGGGUAUUGAUGAUGUCACUUGUUUUACAGAGAUAAUAAAAUGCAAUAAAUUUAGAUCAAACCCUAGAAA